AUGGCAUCGACAGGCGGCGGCUUCCUUAUCGACGACUUCUCGUCGAUACUGCCCGAUGCGCCUGCGGACGCCGCAGCAUCCGAGCAGCACGCCGACGAGUCGGUCCAGGCAUCGACCUUUGUCCCGCAGCCCCUCUCGGCCAAGCAGGAAGCCCGUCUGCGCUCCUACCUCGACAACUCGCUCCUCGUUAUCUCGCGCGGCUACCGAAAGCGAUUCGAUCCGUCUUCUCCUCUGCCAUCCCUCAUCCCCUUCUGGCAGCAGUGGAACGUCAUCCUCGGUGUCCUGGCCCGCGUGCCGCCGUAUGGCAGCGGCGGCACUAAUCUCCUCGUCUCGUACCUGCUCAGGUGCACCUCGGACAUCUGCGAUGGCAUCGCCGGCUACGGCCUAGGGAUGGAGAUAGAGCGGGCGAGAAGAGAAAGCAGGCAAAAGGGCGACCAGGCACCCUCCAAAGCCCGGGACGAAGCCGCAGAUGCGUACAGCGACCGACCAGGAGCAGAGGAUGGCGAGGAUGGCGAGGACCAGCACGAAGAUGAGGAGCAAAGGCGCCGUCAAGAGAUCGCGCUCCGCAACAAGCAGCUCAACCUCGUCCUCGAGGCCACCAGCCUGCUUGAUCGGAUGUGGACCGCCAUCCUGCGCGGCUACAUGAUAAACUUCCCCGUGGCUCUCAAGCGCGCUCGAGAGGCUUUCUCUGACGCAGACGAUUCGAGCAAUCCGACGGAGCAGGGACGCAACGGCAAAGCAUCCCUUCGCUCGACAGUCCCUGGUAUCGGCCGAUUCACCUCGAGCCUCGUGCCCUCUCCUGCAGUCGACGGCCGCUUCCUAUCCACGCCUCAUAGCAGUGCCCUGGGCUCUGAGCGGGAGAGCCUGCCGAUCCAGGGCGGCAAAGGCAUCCGCACCGUCGGCCAGACGGACCGCGUGCGGCUGCGCAACAUUGCCGUGCUGGCGCGUGAGAAGCUGUUCGCCUGGAUGCGAGAGGAGCUCAACGCACCGCUGCCGCCAACGAUGGACGAGGACGAGGAGGACGACGGACAGGCGACUGCCGGGGACAUCGUGCCAGGCGUCGUGGCCGACCAGUUGGACGAGGAGAACGAUGGUGAGGAGCAGCGAGAGAUGGAGGCGGACGAGGACCUCGAGGGCGAGAUGGAAGACGUGCCCAUCGGUGACGCGCAGGCCGAUCCACCACCCGCAAUCGAGCCGGAAGGGGAAACUUAUGAUCCUCAGGAGGACACGGCAGAGCAUCGCCAUUUCCAGGAGCUGUUCGAUCGCAAGAUCGAUCCGGAUGCCGACGAGAGUGACGAGGCUCCUGACGAACGCGAGUCGUCGCCACUGCGCGACCCGUCGCCGGUCGAUUCUCGUUCCACGAAGCGACCGCACUCUCCCAAUCCUGCGUCGCCCUCACAGCCAUCGACGUCGACUCCAACGACGACGGAACCGCCGCGCAAAGCCGCGCGGGCGGCUCAGCAGACCUCUGCCUCGGCGCAUCGUCCACACCGACCGACGCAGUCCGAGACGGCAUCGGCCGACGUCGACCUGUAUUCCGACUCGGUGGUCCAGUGGGACCUUGCCUUCACCCGCAUCUUUAGCCGGACGCUCAAGACGCUCAGCGAUCUCGCCGAGUCUGCUGGCGGCAGUGCGGAUCCCGCUCGCAAGGCAGGGUCAGGUGGAAUCGGGCUGCGAGGUGGAGAGAUGGAGGACGGUGACGGUGACGCGGACGCAUAG